GUUGUCAACGUCGAAAUGUUUUUGUUGUUUUGUUUUGACCGAAACGAAUAGUCGUGUUUGACGUAAUCAGGAAUUGUAAAAAGGAUAACAAGUCCUAAAGCAAUGGAUUCAGCAUUGGCCGGCCAACAAUUUGCCGUUUAUCAAACGCGAGUGCAGCGAUUGUAAAGUGUAUAAAAUCUGCAUAACAUCCUCACAAAGUUCGGGCGACUGCGACGCAGUGGAAGUGACCCAUAGAUACAUGCAUACAUAUUAGGUAGUGAAAAGUACAAAUGUGCAUUUGAGAAGCGCAGGAAAAAAAGGACAAAUUUAUAAAUAACAUACCUACACUCAAAACAAGUUAAAAAACUUGGUGGACGUUAAUUUUCUCCAUUAGUUUGUGGCAAAAAGUUUGGUGGACUAUUAAUACUUAGGACUAACUACAUAUAUCCAGUAUAGAAAACACUCGGAAGAGUUAUUUAAAUAAACUUGUUGAAAAAGAGCUCCAUUCAAGAGAAGUGUUAUACACCUUUUAACCUUGACAUUGAUUAUUCGCCACCUAUGAUGGCCAAUUGUUUUGUGAUUACGCCUAAAGUGUCGCCGGUUCUGUAUAUUUCUACCGCCAAGCACUCCAACUUGCCAGCUGUCGUUGCCGCUGCAGUCUUCGAAAAAAUCCAAUUCAAGUUCAAGUGCCGACGUCUCCUGGUGUCCGCCGUCUGCCAACAAUAUUCACGCCCCUUCAUUAUACGAUACAGCGACCGUGAACUAGCCGAACGCGCCUAAAUUUUAAGGGGAGUUCUUCUAGAUAGCAAGUAGCUACCAUAGCAGAAAUCCUUAAAUAAAAUUAAAAAUACUGAGCAAAUCUUAGUGUUAAUCGCUGGUAGUUAUUUUACACGUGUGUAUUGAUAUCUGAACAAUUUCACAACAGCGUUGCCAGUGCUUGUACCGAUUGUUACUUCUCUGCGGUGUCUUAUCUAUAAGUUGCAUCAUGUCAAAGGCAAUAUUGCAACCGAAUGCAGAAGAUGAGGUCUUAAGCCAAAGUCAACCGCCAGCUCAUGCAUCGCAAACGACAGCUCCAGCUGCUGUCAUGGACUCUCCUUUGCACUCAUUUUCUACUGACGUACGCACAGAGUUAGACGAAUUUCGCGAUAAUUGGCAACGUGAACUGAAAAGUCAUAGUGAAAAUGGAUCUCCUUCCAGAACGGUGGAGCAAAAACAACAGUCAGCAAACGCAUUAGUAUCGACGGCAAAUGGCAUGAGAAAUGCCACGGAAAUUGAUCAGCAUAAACUGGCAGAGAAUCUAUUCCGCAGUGCCGUAGAGCUAGAACAGCGAGGCAAGGUUUAUGAUGCAUUACCACUCUACCGUAAAGCAGUGCAAAUCGUACCGGAUAUUGAGUUCAAAUUUUAUGAACUGCAGAAGGUAAAGUCAGCAGCGACAGUAUGCGAAGGAAAGAAAAUGUUUGAAACAACUUCACCAAUAGAAACGCCGAAAGAAAACCUAGAAACCGAGGAGCUAGUCGAAGAUUUAUAUGAGAAAUUUCAAUUAGAUUUAGCCAGGGACGGGGGCCACUUACUGCUUAGCAGUCGGGAUGCCAGUGUUAUUACCACUGAGACGCAUAUUUCGGAGUUACCACCGGAAAUUUUGUUGUACAUACUGCGAUGGGUCGUAUCGACGCAGUUGGAUAUACAUUCUUUGGAGCAAUGCGCCGGCGUUUGCAAGGGAAUGUAUUUGUGUGCGCGAGACGAGGAACUAUGGCGAUCGGUUUGCACAAAAGUUUGGGGAGCUGAUCUAGGCACCUUGGGCGAACCAAUACAGCAUACACAAGCAGACGAUUUAAUUGAAUCAGCAGAUACUACUCCUAUGGUGUACACAUCUUGGCGACAAAUGUUCAUUAUGCGCGAACGCGUAAUCUUUAGUGGCUGUUACAUAAGCAAAACAACAUACUUGCGUAUGGGCGAGAACAGCUUCCAAGAUCAAUACUAUCGCCCUGUGCAGCUUGUCGAAUACUAUCGCUACGUACGAUUUUUGGGUGAUGGACGUGUGCUUAUGAUGACUAGUGCUGAUGAGCCUGCACAGGGCGUGAAUAAGCUCAAAAAUAUUAAUCAGCUACGCCCAGAAGUGUUAUGUGGUCAUUAUCGGCUCUAUGGCGAUACUAUAACUAUUUUGCUAAAGAAACAGCAACAACAAUUGCAUAGCAAUAAUUCACAUCAAUAUGCGCGCCAUCGACGCAGCAACAUGGCUACAUUCAAAGAAGAGCCGAACUGCACAAAAUAUUGCAUUGAAUUUCGUAUAACGAAUACAACAAAGCGGAAGUAUGCGCGUCUAUUGUGGGCACAAUAUUCGGUUGUACAAACGCGGAACAAAGUGGAGACUUCAUCACAAUUUGACCUCACACCAUCAAAGUAUCCGCCCUUGUGGUUUUCACCAGUGCGUAGCUAUCACUUGGACACCGAUGCCCUCUUUCUUAAGACAUCGUGUGGUGGUGCGCACGAGUUACAAAUUUUAAAAUUUUGUGCGUGCGAGACCUGGUCAUGCAUAAAUAGUUAUUUUUAGAUUUAUAAUGGAUUUCAAGGGUUGCUAUUGAUCUACUGAACACAUAUUUAUGUACUACAUGCUUUAUGCUCGUGCAUUAUAUACUUACACUAAUUGUAGAGGCUGGUGCUCAUACUUAAUUUUGUAGAAUUUUAUUAUUUUAACUAGAUGUAUUGUCCUGGGACUAAGUUUCCUGAGGGCUCUUGAUACUUAUUAAAGUAAUAAAAUAAUACAAAAAGCCAUAGUUACAAGCUUGGAAGAAAGUUUGAAGGAAAGAUUAAGCAUGACAUUAUAGAGGCGCAUGUUGAAAAGCUAAACAUUUCGAACAUGUACAAAUCAGUGUUCGUAUGGAAUAGUAGCUUAUGUCAGAAAGCUGGCUUUAGUAUAAUGCGGCUUUCCCUUUAUUGUUUAAGCGUCAAGGUAUUUUCUGAUGAGACUUAAUAAGGGGGGCUACUCUGUAAUGCGAUACGAAAUAGCAAUGCGAUGCGUAUAGGCAAAUACACCGUGAGUAAUACGCUGUGCGAUUGCCUAUCGCAUCGCAUUUCUCUUUCGUAUCGCAUUACAGAGUAGCCCCCAAGAAU